CGGAGAAGGGAGAGUGCGACGCUGGUUUGAUAUCCGUCGCCUUCUACUUCAUCCCUUUCGGAAGCGCUUAUCUUCAAGCCGCCUCGUUCUGGAUAUUAGCGGCGUGCCGGGUCGCCUGCCGGCUAUCGACGACCUGUUAUGUGGAAGUGGCUCGGACGCCCCAUACUCGCUGAUUCUAAGACUGCAGCAGGCUCCAGUAGUAUCAAAAUUUUCACUGCUGGCUUGAAGAAGUAUGCACUUCCCCCAGAUUAUAGUGGCAUUACCAUUCCUGAUAGAACCAAACUAAGGUUCGUAGAGAGAGCCCCAAACCUACCCAAGGCUAGGCGUGAGUUCAAGAAUUUACGUGAUAUCCGUGGUCCAUCCAGCGAAGCCACAGAAUUCACUGAUGGACAGUAUGGUAUUCUUGCUAUGGGUGGUGGUUACCUCCGCUGGGGUCACUUUGAAAUGAUACGCUUGACUAUCAACCGGCAUAUCAAUCCCAAGAGAAUGUUUGCUGUUUGGAGGGUGCCUCCCCCUUACAAACCAAUCACCCACAAAGGGCUGGGACAGCGGAUGGGUGGUGGUAAAGGUGCAAUUGACCAUUAUGUCACAGCAGUGAAGGCUGGUCGCCUCAUAGUAGAAGUAGGUGGAUAUGUUGAAUUUGGUGAGGUAGAGCGCUUCCUAACUCAAGUGGCCAAAAAACUACCUUUCCCAGCCAUAGCAGUGAGCCGAGAGUCCCUGCAGAAGAUGCGGGACAUGGAAGAAGAGAGGAGACAAAACAACCAAAAUCCAUGGACAUUUGAACGCAUUAUCACAUCCAAUAUGCUAGGGAUAAGGAAGUUUCUAAGCCCCUAUGAUCUGCAACUAAAGGGUCGCUUUUGGGGAAAGUUCUUUCUACCAGAUAGAGUAUAAACAGAUGCAGAUGAAUGAGGGCAUCUUCUCCUGUGGUGCCAACAGAUGGGCUGCUAUACAGCCUUGAUCAAAGAAAUUAGGAAGUUAAUUAAGCUCCCUUGAAAAACAAAUGGUUGUACAAAUUAGGAAAAUAUGUUGGUUUAAAAUCACAGAUUUUGGGUAAAUAAAUCUUUCUGGUAUGGAUGUCUGUUUUAGUGUUUAAGCCAAGGCCAGAGAAACUUGUAUCAGAACAUAUAGCCCUGCUUACAGAAUUUUGGAGAACUUAAAAGAACAGUUGAGAUGGAAUAUUCAGACAUAAGUUCGGAUGUUCUACCAUUCAUUGUAAAAACAGGCUUUACAAGAUCUUAGUGGGCACUUACUUGCUCUUAAAGCAGCACUGUUGGAAGGGUGAUGUAACCUUAUUUGUAUUCUGUAACAAAGUUGCUUGUGUUGGCACAGAAUUUAACCCUGCUGGUAGCCCAGGCGAUACCUUCCUGGCUAAGCAGCAGUAGGCUGCAAAUUACAGGAGAAUAAAGCAGGUGACAAGGUUG